AGCUCUGAAUCAGCACCUUACCCAUUUCAAGGUUCUUUCCAAAGAAUAACCAUUCUCUCUGACUAGUUAGGCAAGUUAGCUGCUUAACUCAUUGAACCUGCUUUGUGGUAUACUCUUUUGUCUCUGUCUGCUGGAAUUCCCUUAUGGUUGGGAGUGUCGCUGUCUUCCUGCUUCUCAACUAUAAGCCUGUUGUUUAACUGUGUAUAACCCUGACAUGUCUGGUCCUAACUGGCUGCCCCCGAAGACUCCUGGUAGCCCGGAGAGACCCGUCCCCCAGAUGUCGGACUCUGGACCGGCCGUGUACAGACAGCCGCCCAAGAAGGUCUCCUCGGACACCCGGCCCAAGUAUGUUGUCUAUGACCAGAACGGAGGAGGAAUGGCCACUAGGUACUUGGCUACUAGUCCUACUGCUGGGCCCAUGCAGCACCACCAAGAGGACUCAGGGUUUCACCCUAACUCUAAUGACCACUACUACCAACCACUUCCCCAAGGUCUUGACGAAGACCAAUCCUUGAACCUUCACAUGGACCGCUACCAGCUGAUGCACUGGGAAACUCCUGAGAAGCUGAUUAGACACCACUCCAGCAGUGAUGCGGAGAUUGACUCACUCACCUGCAUGCUGGCUGAGCAGGACAGCCAUACACUAAACGGCACACAGCUGUACCACAAUGUGCCUUACAACAAAUACAUCUUGGGGGACCACUACAGACCCUCAGCCCAGCCAGGAGCCCCAUCUCAGGGACAGCUGUUUAUGGGUUUCCCACCUCAGUCCACAGACUAUUCUAUACCCCCAAACCCCAGUGAUCCCCACCAGGGUCUCCAGUACUUCCCCCAGACAGAUGAAAACGACACAGAGGUCUCCAAAUCCUACCCCCAGCCUUUCCCUGCCUCCUACAAUACCGCCUCCACCCGUACUGGCCCAAGGUUCAGUCUUCAGGUCAAAACAGCCCAAACUGUCACCUACUUCCAGACUGGUAGGCAAGCUGGGCAGGCUUACACCCCUUCCCCACACCGCCAGCAUGCAUUGUGGUCCCCGCCCAGGAAUCCGACUGGCCGCCAGGGCUGGUUCCCUCGCCACCCUGCAUCCCAAGUCCAGGAGCUGCACUCUGAGAGGGGUUACAAGGGGAGUGCUGCAGGGUUUGGAGGGAGAGCUACCCAGUGCCCCACAUCCAAUGGAGUCACAGAAACUCACCAGUCAGGCUCGGCACCAAGCUCCGCCUAUCAGCCCAGCAAGCAGGGGACAGCAGCUCCGAGGCCAGAGGAAGAGUUGGGCCAGCCCACUAAGAAGUUUGUGUAUGACAUGAAUCAUCCCCCGACAGAGGAAGACUUUGGUUGCUGUGCACGUUGCGGCGACAAAGUCCUUGACGAUGGCAGCGACUGUAUCACCAUGGAGCAGGUGUUUCAUGUGGAUUGUUUCACCUGUGUCACCUGCCAGGCUCAUCUCCGGGGGCAACCGUUCUAUGCUAUUGACAAGCAGAGCCACUGCAGGAGCUGUUACAUUAGUAUCCUAGAGCGCUGCUGCAUGUGCUCCAAGCCCAUCCUGGACCGUGUCCUGUGGUCCAUGGGCAAUGCCUACCACCCGCGCUGCUUCAACUGUGUUGUGUGUGGCUGCUGCCUGGACGGCGUGCCCUUCACCGUGGACGCCACCUCCCAGAUCCACUGUAUAGACGACUUCCACAGGAAGUUUGCCCCUCGCUGCUCAGUGUGUGGCCAGGCCAUCAUUCCCAGACCGGGCCAGGAUGAGACUAUCAGUAUAGUGGCGCUGGACCGCAACUUCCACGUCAACUGCUAUGUGUGUGAGGAGUGUGGUCUGCUCCUGUCCUCUGAGGGUGAGGAGCGAUGCUGUUACCCCCUGGAUGGUCACAUCUUGUGUAAGGGCUGCAGCGCCCAGCACAUCCUGAACCCCUCAGACAAAAUCUCAACUGACUGCUAACCAACUAGGAAGUCACCUCUGACCUUUAACCGAUGACCCCCCCCCGUCAACCGUUCCAUUACUUUCACUUGCUCUGGGGUAAAAGUUGGUCUAAAAACAGAUCUGGAAUGAACCUUAACAACAAGGAGAUGUUAAACUGACUUGAUCAGUGCCGAAGAACAACUUCAUCCCCCUUCACUUUAAUCAGCUCAUGGCUUAUCUUCGGGCAUCUGAAGAAUAAAGCUGAGGGCUGCACUACCCCCCCCAUUCAGACCUUUGACUGCACCACUGCUUAUCUCACACUUUCCUGCAUGUUGCACAUUGUCUCACACACUUUCCUGCAUGUUGCGCACCCUCACACACACCAUCCUUCCAGAUACCGAUGGGAUUGACAUUGUGGAGGCUGAGUAGGAAAAUGAGGUGUUAUUGAGGAUGAGGUAUACUGUGUCUUCCUGGCUGUGGGGUAACUGACCAGUGGUAUACAAAAUAUAUGUUCUAAUACUUGGACUGAAGUCAAUAACAGUGCUGAACUGCCUCAUGAGCAAAGUGCACAUAUGAAAGGUAUUUCCGUGACUGAAUUUAUAUUACAGGUGUUUUUGUUGUGGAGUGAAUGUGUCUGGAGACCUUUCAUGGCAGAGCUAGUGGGUGUAGUCGGUGUGCGUUGUGUAGUGAAUUUAGUUUUUAGGAAGAUUGAUUAGAGUGAACAAGAUCACUGACGUCAUUGCUUUGAUCUCAUUGGAUGUUCAAUUCUGUAGUAAUCUGUCAAUAUAAUUAAAUCUUGAACCACAUGUCAGAACAUAACAAAUAUUUUAUUCCGCAGGACAGUGAAUUGUAAACAACUGGUACUGCAUUUCAGAGAAUGUUACUUGUAUACAGUCCAAACUCAAUCUUUUAAUAUGUGAAAGUGCUUUUUAGAUAUUUUUCCUUUUAACACUUGGGUUGAUUUGAUACUUUAAUAUGAAGAUGACUGCGGCGCGAUUAAGUAUGCUCGUCUUACUGAGAGGGGCAUCUCCAUGCUUGCCACGUGUAAGCUUAGCCUUAGGAGUUUGCUUUGUUGGCCGUGUUUAAGUAACUCUGCGACAUUGUAGUUAUUCACACAUUGUGGUGUAAUUUCUCCUUGAGAUUCUCCAUCCCGCUGUCUUUGUUUUAAUGUAAAAACUGCUAGUAUGUUUUGAAGCUUCUGUUCUGACUACAAGACCCUUAAAAUCAAUUAUAUUGUUUUCUUUGUCCAGAAUCAUGUGUUUCAGUAUUUGAUUCUUCUCAGCGUAUAGGUCAAUGAGCACAAUAUGGUCCCUGUGUUGAACAGCAUUUUUCACUUAUUAACCGCUAUUGUCACUAAGAUGUGUAAAUGUGAUUAUGAGGGUAAUGGUCAUCACUUUGUAACUGUUUAAUUUUAUGUUCCACUGCUGAAUGAUAUUUGUCUGAGUGGAAUGGACUGAGCAGGUUUGUACAAUUUGACUUGCAUAUGAAGUAGACGUGUGAAUGAUUAGCUUUAUUUCUUUCU